UGAUGUCCCCGGGUGUUGUGCCACAUUUCAACACAGACGGCGGUGAGGGGUCAAUGUUGUCGGGGUCACUGGUCGGUACCACGUGGGGACGUAAAACCGGCGUUUACAAUGGACAAUUGAUACUUCGCGCGUCAUAUACGUUAGGUCGAGACACGUUUAGGGCUAAAUUGUUGUGUGUAUUGAGGUCUAACUGCUUGUGAAAGUAGGCUAGUGUUUUGUCAACUCCAGCACACUAGGAAGUGGUUAACCUGUAAUGUAGCUAGGCUUGACUGGGGUGUUUAAAAAAAGCUUUCGCACGAACGUCGAAUAAUUUCCUAGUUUCUCUAACUAACUUCACUUUUUUUAUUUUUAUCUCAGGGAAUGUAUUUUCUUUUAAACGACGUUAUUUACUAACGUGGCGUAAUAAAUAGAAGCUGGUGUCAUUUGUAGUUUGAUUGGCGAACUUCGAGAGGUGGUGUAAUUGGCUUGGUUUAAAUGUACCAACACGGUAUUUACUAACUAUAUUGGAGCUGUCAUAGACAACGGUAGUCGGUCUACUCUGAACUCUCACUAAAAUGUAACAGAAAUACGUGUCUGGAUUAUUUUCACCAGCACGUCGUUGAAUAAACGUAAGCUACAAUAUGAGCAGCGGAAAAUCCUCUUUGGUUGAUGGCGAAAUCAACGACAAUGAAAAUGUGUCCGAUUUGGAAAAAAAUAAAAUGAUGUCUGCCGGUGACAGCGAGGAGGUGCGCCUGGAGAACAAUAUACAACUCAACCGGAACGGUGACGAUACAACCAAAACGAUAAAACUAUACAAGCGGAGAUGGUUCAUCGUGCUGCUGUUCGGUUCGUAUUCUCUCUGUAACUCGUUUCAAUGGAUCCAGUACGGAAUUAUCAACAACAUUUUCAUGCGGUUCUACGGGGUAGAGUCUUUUACUAUAGAUUGGAUGUCUAUGAUCUACAUGUUGACUUACAUCCCCUUCAUAUUCCCAGUCACCUGGUUACUGGAUAAGAAGGGUCUCCGUAUUAUUGCGCUGGUGGCUACGGCCAUGAAUUGUGCGGGGACUUGGAUCAAGGUGACAAGCGUGAGACCGGAUCUGUUUGCGGUGACCAUGCUCGGACAGUUCUGUUGCUCCCUUGCGCAGGUAUUUAUCCUCGGGAUGCCGUCGAAGAUCGCCUCGGUGUGGUUCGGAUCGGAGGAAGUGUCCACCGCUUGCUCCAUCGGGGUCUUUGGAAACCAGUUGGGUAUAGCCAUUGGGUUCCUGGUCCCUCCCAUCCUGGUGCCUAACGUUGAGGACAUGGAUCAGCUGGCCUAUCACAUCAGUAUCAUGUUCUACAUCACAGCAGGAGUUGCUACCCUGCUCUUCCUACUGGUCGUCAUAGUGUUCCAGGAGCGUCCAGAGCUCCCUCCCACCCAGGCUCAGGCGACAGCUCGCUGCAUCCCUCCUGAACAGUACUCCUACACAGCCUCCAUCCUCAGGCUGCUCCGAAACAAACCCUUCCUCCUCCUCAUCCUCACAUAUGGACUGAACGUGGGCUGUUUCUAUGCUGUUGGCACACUACUGAACCGCAUGAUCAUCGAGCAUUACCCUGGUGAAGAGUUGAAUGCAGGGAGGAUAGGUCUCACCAUCGUUAUCGCUGGCAUGGUGGGGUCGCUGAUCUGUGGUAUCUGGCUGGACAGAACCAAAACAUACAAACAGACUACCCUGGCUGUCUACCUCAUGUCCUUCGUAGGGAUGUUGGUCUACGCCUUCACCCUCAGUCUGGGUCAUCUCUGGGUAGUCUUCCUCACCGCUGGAGCUCUGGGGUUCUUCAUGACAGGCUAUCUUCCCCUGGGCUUUGAGUUUGGUGUGGAGCUAACCUACCCCGAGUGUGAAGGCACCUCUUCAGGCCUGCUCAACUGCUCUGCACAGGUGUUUGGUAUCAUCUUCACUAUCUGCCAGGGGAAGAUAAUAGAUAACUACGGGACGCUGGCAGGAAACAUCUUCCUCUGUGUCUUCCUCUUCAUCGGAUCAGUCCUUACAGGCUUCAUCAAGUCAGACCUGCAGAGACAGAAGGCUAACCAGUUGGCCAAGGCAGCUGAGGACGGACUGCUCUCUGGACAGCAGCUGGGCUACGGGGCCACGGCUCUAAUCAAGAGACUGGACAGCCCUUCUGAUUCUUCUCAGACUUGAUCACUAACCCCCCCCCCCCCCCCCCCCCCUAACGCUUACACUCUUAGCUCGAACCUCAGACGAGCCAAGGUCCCUUCAGAUCCCGAGGACGGGACCCUCCCUGCCUCCGCAGUCCUCGACGGAACCAGGUUUUAGAGACGGACGAUCUGCUGGAGACACACACACACACAGUAAAUCACCAGCAUCUCCCACCCUGUGGAAUGUGAAGUUUAGGGGAGGAGCACAAUCAGGAAGUGUUUACGACCACUUCCCUUUAACACUGUCCAAAAAAGACAUCCAAUAUUUAUGCAACAACAAAUAUUAUUUCUGUAUAAUUUCUAGAUGUGCCAUAUCUAAUCUACAAAAUGUUUACUGUCCAAAAUUAGCACAAAUAAUACUGUCGUUCUACAGUAUACACUGAGUAUAGAAAACAUUAACACCUGCUCUUUCCAUGACAGACUGACCAGGUGAAAGCUAUGAUCCCUUAUUGAUGUCACUUGUUAAAUCCACUUCAAUGAAAGAAGUGAAAAGUGAAAGAAGGAUUCUUCAGCUUUGAGACAAUUGAGACAUGGAUUGUGUAUGUGUGCCAUUCAAAAGGUGAAUGGGGAAGACAAAAUAUUUAUGUGCCUUUGAACAGCGUAUGGUAGUAGAUGCCAGGUGUACCGGUUUGUGUCAAGAAUUGCAAUGCUGCUGGGUUUUUCCAAGCUCAACAGUUUCCUGUGUGUAUCAUGAAUGGUCCACCACCCAAAGGACAUCCAGCCAACUUGACACAACUGUGGGAAGCAAUGGAGUCAACGUGGGCCAGCAUCCCUGUGGAACGCUUUCAAUACCUUGUAGAGUCCCAUGCCCUGAAGAAUUUGAGGCGUUUCUGAGGGCAAAAGGGGGGGUGCUCUGCUCAAAGUAUCAUUUAGCUUUUUUUAAAGACCAAAUCCAACGUUUUGAGGAUCUUAACACAAUUUUUUUAUUUUAUAUAUUUUUUUACUAACCCCAAUCCUCGUUGUGCAACUCUGGGGGGGAAAAACUAAUGUGCCAAAAACAUCCAAAUGCGUCCUUUUAGAAAUCGUUAGACGUUGUACCGAUGAAAUUGUGUCAUUCUGAACUUUAAUCCAAUACAUUAUAUUUAAUUUUCAAAUGCGUCCUUUUAGAAAUCGUUAGACGUUGUACCGAUGAAAUUGUGUCAUUCUGAACUUUAAUCCAAUACAUUAUAUUUAAUUUUCAAAUGCGUCCUUUUAGAAAUCGUUAGACGUUGUACCGAUGAAAUUGUGUCAUUCUGAACUUUAAUCCAAUACAUUAUAUUUAAUUUUGUAGCGACUGAAGCGUCACUUCUUCUUUGUUCAUUCUAGCAGCAGACUGACUAUGCAGAGAAUGGAACAGCUGGAUGGGGGGAAAUGGCUUGAGUUGCAAGAAAUGGAAUAUAACGUUUGCGGAUAAAGUUCGGGAAGGACACAAUGUCACGUGUAAAGACCUGCAGCUCUAUACUGAGCGCGUUUUCCAUUUCUAAAAGGAAGUUUUUGGAGCGUGUUGGUUGUUUUGUUUCAGAGCCCCCCCCCCCCCCCCCCGUACUACACAACGAGGAAGUGAAUCGCAGAUGUGGGUAAUUUUCUCAAAAACAAAUGUUAAAAAAUCGACUUAGUUGUAAAAAUAAAUAAAGCAAACUUGUCCUUUUUAAGGUUUCGGUUGCAUGGAAGCAUUACUAAAACUACCACAAAGACAUGUGACAUCAGUUUUCAAUAUGUAGCCAUUGAGGUUGUUUUUGCAAAUUUUUUGUCGUUAACUUUUUAUUUAUUUUUAUUAAUCUUUGAAAGAAAUGUACAAAUAUCUUGGAGAAAUGUUUUUACAAAUACUGAUUUGAUUGUAAAAUGAUCAAUUGAUGACGUAAUAAAAAAACAGCUGGGAAAGUGCGUUAUGUUGUCGUGUCACACUAAUAAAGGGUAGAGUAUUUUUGUAAGAUAAUUUUAUACUACCUGUAUCUAUAAAGUGAUUUCCCUCCCCUGUCACUUUUCUAGAAACACUGACUUAUAGUUGUGUAUAACAGUCCAUGUUGUUCUGUAAAUGUCACAUCUAUUUAACAAACAGGUCUGUUUGUUGAAAUAAAGAAUGGUUUCCUAAAAGUA